ACUGACUCUCUCCUCAGCAAGUCACCAGCUCUUCCCCAUCAAAGCACACAUCACUCCGCGCUACCGACGAUAUUAGUCACCCCGACCAGACAUGGUGAAGCCUGGAUGUAACCUCUCUGAGAAGACAGAGAAAGAGCAUGGUGCAGACGAUGGCUUUGAUAACAUACCCCUGAUAACCCCAUUGGAUGUUAAUCAGCUUCAGCAGCCUAUCCCUGAGAAGGUUGUGGUGAAGACCAGGACAGAAUAUCAGCUGCAACAGAAGAAAAAGAAAAAGCUGCACAUCCCUGGAAUUAAGAAACUCAACAUUAACCUUUACGAUGAAGUCUCAGAAAAAGUCAAGCUCACUGGAUUGAUUCUCAUUACAAUGGCAUUCCUGGCCUGCCUGUUAAUGCUGGUCAUGUACAAGGCAUUCUGGUAUGAUCAGUUAAGCUGCCCAGAGGGUUUUGUAUUUAAGCAUAAGCACUGUACUCCUGCAGCUCUGGAGAUGUAUUACUCAGAACAGGAAGCAGGUCCCCGCGGAAGUCUCUACACGGUUAUUAGCCACUUAAGCCAGGCUAAGAGAACCAUUCCUGAUCUGUCAUCGCCAUGGCUACCGGUGCUUCCUGCCUUGAAAGGACCAGCUAAAUCAAAAGAAGAACCUACCAGCUCCCAUCAAUAAAAGAUUGAAGAAGGAAAACAAAUUCAUCUCUUAUUGUUUAUUGAAGUUCUGAAGUACUCAAGCAUUACAUAAUUCUCUUUACAAAGAAUAAUUCUUUCUCUUAGGGAUGUGUAUGUGUGUGCGUGCGUAUCUGAGUGAGCGUC